AGUGGCAGCUCCCAGUUCUCCAGCCUGUGACCCAUUAAUGGAUUUAUUUUCCUAUAAUUUGCCUUCUACCACUGGGAAUCAGACGUCAGUUACAAUAUAAUCUGAAAGACCCAAUCAGAAUGGAGCUUGAGAACAUGAGCCCUGCCCUAUGCUGAUGAUGUCACACUUUGUAGCCCAUAACAGCUUUUUUGAAUGGGUAGAAAGCACUGGAGUCUCUUGGACUGCUCUACGUGGAGCAGGCUCCAGUCCUGCUUAUACUGGACAAUUCAUCUCACAGUGUUUACACUGUAAAGUGUUCCAGGUGACCGAUGGCUAAUCCUGUUAAUUAACUCUGGGUGUGGACACAUGACAUAUUUACAUCAGGAUAAUUUUACCUUGCUCUGGUGUAAAUCUGGAGCAGACACACAAUGAACAGCCUUUUAGUGGUAUAAUGAACUCAGCUAUGAGCUUGAGUUCCCCGCUCAGAAAGUGAGGAGGUAUGCUGUUGUACUAGUCAUGCGUCACCUCCCCUGCACAGUUUUACCCUCUUUAGGCUUCAGCUGGAGUAUUGCUUGCAGUUCUGGGCACUGCAGUUCAAGCAUGAUGUAGAGAAACUGAAGAGGAUCUAGAGGCCGGUGACGAAGAUAACAAAGGAGCUGGAAAGCAGGCACACAAGGAAAGGUUUCUUGUUGUCUCCUAGGACCUGCUAGAUCCUACUGUAAUAUGGUUCCAGUAAGCACACAGCAGCUAUUAAAUGAGUACAAACUCAGCAUAGUCUUUAUUCAUACUAUCAACCAGGUGAUCAGACUGGCUAACAGAAGGGAUAGUGCAGGUUUAAACAAACAUUCAAGGUAUAUUUCUGUUACGCUCUUUUUAUACAUUUGAAAUGCUGUCAUCAAGCCGGCAUCAUUGCAAACACAUGAUCAAACACAUUUGAUGUCAUGCACCUUACAAUUAACUUACUUAAACACAGCAUUCUUCUUGUAACAGGUAGCCAGGGGCUCCUUUCAUUUUAAAGGUGGAAACUGUUAUACAUAAAGUCCAUGGGCAGGAGCAGGCAGCAGAACCAGGGCUAGCUGCAGGAGAAUAGGCAGGUAGGAAGUUAAAGGGCUGCCAAUAACUACUUGUAGCAGGCUACAAAGCAAGAGGACAAUAGAACUGAGCUCCAGAUAGGUACAAGGGAACAACUCCAGCUGAGCCAGGAGAAAAGCAGCAAGCUGCUCAAUAGGCCUAGGGAACAUACCUGUGGCUGGUAAGCAGGAUACCUGACCAGAAGAGGAGGAGCUCAGGGAAUAUAAACCUAGGUCCCUGAGUCAGAGGAACCAAUGUUGCCCUGAACUCAGGGUGAAGAGCUCCUGCCAACCUAAGCUGUCAGGGAGCAAAAGCUGCUGGCAUGGAGGUACUGUAUGUGCUAGGAGAGAGCCAGGGAGAGGGGCUUCUGCAGCCAUAUGAUGGCUUAGAGGGGCUUUGAGGGUUGUAUUUGAAGCAGGUUGCUGAUAUUUUGGUUUUAUUUUAUAUAAGAAACUGGACUGUGGCUAUAGGGGUGGACUUGCAAGGAUGCCUGAGAGAUGCUUCAGGUUUUGAGCCCUGCCAGGGAGAGGAGCACAAGGGAGAGCAAAAGUGGGACAAGGGCUCUCUGAGGCUGAGGGGGCCAGAGCCUGCUCCCUGAAAAUGAGACGCAAGCAGGCUGAACCUCAGAAGCCAAGCCAGAGCAACCAGUAGGAUAAAGGCCAAGAGAGCUGAAACCUAUACAGUCUGGUGAAGUGUACAACCCGUGAGGCAUAGGUGUGGCUAUGGGGGAGGCUGGAGGCCAUGAUUAAAGCCCCUAAGGUAAUUUAGUGCCUGAGGGGCAAGCCUGGUGCCAACCAGGCACAGAAGGUGGUGAAUAGGUGAACUGACUUUCAUUUCAGGUCCUUAGGGCAGCUUCCCUAAGGACUAAAAUAUCUAUCAAGGUGUGGCAGGAGAGACAAACAAUGGAGGGUACCCUGAGGAUCUGAGGUGAAGCGGGCUAGCUUGGCCAACAGGGGGUGUCACUGCUGCCAUGAUGGUCCAGGACGUCCUGCACCUGCAUACCUUCUGAGAUAUCUACCAGGUUUGGUUGUACCAUCCUAUGUGGUUCUCUUAUCCACUCUGACAGUUCAUACUGAUUCUGUGCAUCUCAGGAUGUUCUCAGCCAGGUUCCAAAUGUUCUGAUGCACUCUGCAGCCAGCUAAAGAACUGCAGAUUUACCAGCUUUUAACUCUUCCUGCUCCUAGCUUGCUUUAUAGGCCUGCAAGGCUGAGGGAUGUUUAGCUUAGAGAAAAAAAAAAGAUUAAAUGGAGACAUGAUAACAGUUUUUGAGUGUCUGAAAAGCUGUCAGGAAGAAGAGGGAGAAAAACUGCUAUCCCUGCCACAGAGGGCAGGAUAGGAGGCAGCGGGUUUAAAUUGCAGCAAAACAGAUUUAGAUUAGAUCUUGGAAAGAGCUUCCAAAUUGGCAGGACAGUGAUUAGGAUGCCAGGGGACAUAGUGGAGUCUCUUUCUUUGGAGGUUUCCAAGAAAAAGCUGGAGAGGUACCUGUCUGGGAUGGGUUAGGAACAAACAGCAUGUCCUGCAUCCCUGCAGGGGUUGGAUCAUGGGUAACUUGUGCCUCCUGAGUCUGGUGGGGCACACCGCAGACUGAAUGCAGCCAGAUGGGCAAACUGGAGACCACCAGCUGGAACACAGGGAGGAGCCGCAGCCUCUCCACUCGGCUCUGUGGUGCCACGGUUUGCUGUCCUAAGUGUUGCCAAGUCAGGGGGCCAAUCUGGGGUGGGGGGCAUGUGCCAUAGUCGUCUGUGGGUUUGAUGAACUAGCUGACCCUCAAGGUCCCAUCCACAGCUGCUAACUUGCUUUUCCUUGUCACAGAGCUAGCUGCUCUGAUCUGAAUUAGCUAAUCCAGAUUAGCUACUGUAGGGGAGGAACCCCCUUCUUCAACAUAAUCAUUUACUUGGUAAAAUCCUGUCCUGUGCCACGUAGGAUUAGCUAAUCAUAAAACUCCACUUUGGCAUUUCUGACUCCUCAACACCUGCUUUUUUCACUCCUUCAUAUUGUGGUGUCUGUUCUGGGAGCCGGUCAAGCUGGUCCAGAAGAGCGGUUCGGUAAUGGGAUCAUCAGGCAGGCGAGUGGAUGGAGAAGGCCAAGACAGCGUAUUGAUCUCCUCCAGGGCCAGAAGGCUGGUGACAUGGAGAGCCAGGGAGCAGGGCUGGCCAAGCGCCUGGCCACACUGCUUUCAGGGCUCAUGGAAUGCAUGUGCUUUGCGGGCAUCAUCUUCGGCUGGGCCUCUCUGGUCUAUGUGCUCAAGGGUCUGCACUAUUUCGAGGACCUGUGCAAACCUGUUGCUAACAUGACUGUCAACGCCACACAUGAGACAGGCUGCAGUGAGCAGGAUGAACAGUUCUCACUCAUCUUUACCAUUGGCUCCUUCAUGAACAACUUCAUGACCUUCCCCACGGGAUGCAUCUUUGACCGCUUCGGCACCCUUGCAGCUCGACUGCUGGCUAUAUUUCUGUACACUGGGGGUACCCUGCUCAUCUCCUUCUCCACAGCAGCCACGGCGCUGAUGCUGUUCCCUGCCAUGUCACUGCUCUCUAUUGGAGGGAUUCUCCUUAUCCUCACCAACAUGCAGGUGGGGAACCUGUUUGGGAAGCACCGGUCAACUAUCAUCACUUUGUACAAUGGGGCCUUCGACUCCUCCUCUGCUGUGUUCCUCAUCAUCAAGCUGUUGUAUGAGAAAGGCCUGAUCUUGAGGGACAUGUUCCUCUUCAUCACUGCUUGCAGUGCCUGGCACCUGAUCCGCACCUUCUUUCUGAUGCCUAAGCAGCACAUCCCCUACCCACUGCCUCCAGGAUACAGUUAUGGUAUGACCUGUAGGAAAUCUCAGUCCUACCGCACCUAUGAGGAGAGGCAGCCAGCCCACAGAGGCGGAAGCAAUGACCUGCAGUCGGAGCCUGUUCUUGCAGAGGCUGACCGCAGCCCCAACGACUUCCUGAGCAAAGGCCACAAGGAGCCUCCUGUCCGGUCCUUCCAGUCCUGUGUCAUCUCCAAGCUCUUUUUCUGGCACCUGGUGUGGCUGUCAGUGAUACAGCUGCGGCACUAUUUCUUCAUUGGCACCCUCAACCCCAUGCUGGAGCACCUGGCUGAGAAAAACACUGCACUGGUGAGCACCUACACCAACGCCUUUGCCUUCACUCAGCUCUGUGGGGUUCUGUGUGCCCCCUGGAAUGGCCUCAUCUUGGAUCGGCACAAGCGCAGGAGGGGCAAGGAUGGCAGCACCCACGGUGCCUCAGACUCCCUGACUGACCUGCGCUCCUGCGUGCUGUCGCUGGCAGUGACGGUGGUGCAGAGCGUGGGGUUCUCAGUGUGUGCCACUGUGCCUGUGCUGCCUGUGCAGUACGCCACCUUUAUCCUGCAGGUGCUGAGUCGUUCCUUCCUCUAUGGAGGCAACGCUGCAUUUCUGGCCAUUGCCUUCCCCCUGGAGCACUUUGGGAAGCUCUAUGGGCUUGUGAUGGGUCUGUCAGCUUUGGUAUCGCUCCUUCAGUAUCCCUGCUUUGCACUCGUCAAGGGACCCCUCAAUGGAAACCCUUUCUAUGUGAACAUUGGCCUCACCGUCAUCAUCCUUCUGGGCUUCGUCAACCCCUUGAUGGUGUUUUGGGAAUGCCAACGUAGGGAGAAGGAACGAGCCACGGAAGGGAACAGUUCCUUGUCCUCAUCACCGAAGAAGGCUGAUGUUGAGUCUCCCAUCUGAAACCACAGGGCUGUCUGGGGACUGUUUUUCAUGGAAAAGGGAAGGAGAAAAGGGAAUUUCAGGGUGCUCCAGCCCCUAGUACCUCUUCAUCUAUGUUUGCCCAACUCAGAAUGUUUACUACCAUCUCAAGCCAUUCUCAGACUCAUUUAAAAGAGGAGUAUUAGAGAGAUAUUUAUUUUUACAGAUACUUAAUUUUAUAGUUAUUUUUAUAGCCCUGUUGGUCUGAGUCCUUUAUCUCCCUCUUCCCUGUUCUCACACAGGACAAUUAGGAAGAUGCACUAACUGUAUUUACAUGUAUUGUUCUGCUUGACUACAGUUCUAUAGUUGGGUGUGUUCAUAAUAAUUAUGGAGGUAAAAGUGCUAGCUUGCUCCUUCCUACUUGAAACCCAAUAAAUACUAAUGGAGAGAUCCCAA